AUGUUGAAGAUGAUGUCCGGAGCUGUACACGCCGCCGAACGCGUCAUUCGCGCGCCUCCCCAAAGCAGCGCGAUUUCGAAACCGAGGGCGGUCUACAGCAUAGAUCAGAUACUGGGGAACCACCACCAUACGCGAAGAGGUGGUAACGUCCCCACCGCCAACAAUAACAACAACAACAACAACAACAACAGUCUCAGUGUUAACAACAACAACCACACCAUCGAUCAUGAAAAUUCGCUGAAACGUGAAGGAUCGCCGGUGGAGGUACACGAUAAUGGCGUCGACGUGGACCAUGACGACGAGCUGCCGAUCAUCGGCGAUAUCGACCCGAUGGACAAUGAUCCGAACGAUCUUGGACGACCGAGAAAAAUUAGAAGAUCUCGGACAACGUUCACGACGUACCAAUUGCAUCAACUGGAGCGGGCCUUCGAGAAAACGCAAUAUCCGGACGUGUUCACCAGGGAAGAAUUAGCGAUGCGGUUAGACCUCAGCGAAGCCAGGGUACAGGUUUGGUUUCAAAAUCGGCGAGCAAAGUGGCGCAAACGGGAGAAAGCCAUGGGUCGGGACACAUCUGCCUUCCUCCAUCACGAACAAGGUAUGCCGGAGUUUCCCCUGGCCCUGCCGCUCACCCACAACCUUCCACAUCCGGCCCUUCCGGGGACCGAAUUUUGGCCGCCGAACUUUGGCCUCCAUCCAUCGCUGAUGCCGGGCGCGCACGGGUUGCUGCACCCGAACGUGAUGCCCAACUACAAGAUACCGAACUUCCACGCCAUCCUCUCGCAGUACAUGGGACUGAAUAAUCUGUUCGGUGGCUAUCCGCAGAAUCUGAGCAUCAACACGGCACGCAUUAGCCCGCAGAACAGCCCGAAGGAGAGUCCCACGAGCAGCGUACCGAUACCACCGCCGGCCGUCAUUAGCAACAAUUGUAGCAACAGCAGCAACAGCAGCAGCAGCAGCAGCAGCAGCUCCAACAGUGCCAACAGCAUCAGCAGCAACAACAGCGGCAGCAACUCUAACAUCAGCGUUGGCAGUAACACAAGCAAAGAGUGUACCGUGGAGAAGUGAACCGAUCUUCUCUAGGAGAUCCUUAUGGAUGACAGGAAUUUAGCGUUAUAGGGGAAUAGAUUUUCACACGGUUGCAAUACGUUCGGGUAGUUGUGGGUACCAUUCUAAAUAUUCCAAUCAAACUUACUUUUGAGUCAGUCCACCGCUCCAAUAAUAAGCCUUUUGUAAAUAGCAUCUAGGAAGUUCGGUGUCCACCGAAAACGGAUCUUCCAAUGGGGCGAGUUAAGGCAUACAGAUACACGUGAUUUAUGUUAGGCGAUUUGUUUGGUUUAUUUUAGAUCUUGAGUUGACCGGUUGGUCAUCAUCUAAUAAGUGAGUAUACCGACAUGUAUCGAAGAUAAAAUGAAUAUUAGAUUGGAAUGGGUACUCCGGUAAACGUCUGUACAUAUUAUUUAAAGCAAAUGAAGCGGAGCAGUU